UUGGGCUUUGGAAUAUUUGUUUUUUUGUUUUAGUGACCAAGUGCGGGUGUGCGUAUUUGUGCGUGUCUAUCUGUGUGCUCGUGUUUACUUGCAGGUGUGUCUUUGUGUGUCUCUCUGGUCUGCCCCACCUCGGGAGCAGCGGGAGCUCGUCAAUUCGAGGAAGGGAGGCGCACGCGUUUGUCUUUUGGAUCCGGCGGGACGAUCGGUGUUGGAAGCUCGGCUCUUCAGUCUAUAUGUGACUUGGCCAUGAAGCGGAUCGCGCUCAUUUGGUGCCUCGUAGUGCUCCUCGGCACGACUGGGGCUUACCGGGUGCACGAAGAUGAACCCAAGGAGGAUGGCGAAACCACCUGCGAAAACUGCCAGCAGACCAGUGCAACGGUAAUCGACGGCACUUUCAAUAAGCCGAGCAAUGAGACCACCUCGGGGCCGGCGCAGGUGGUGUCGCCGAAAAAACCAGGGAAAACCGUUAGCGAGCUCAAGGUAAUUAUCCCCGUGAAGACCAGCGAGGCGAAGGGCAAAGAGACGAAGCUGGCCAGGAAAUCCCAGAGGCGCUACGACCAGGAGCCCAAGCUUCGCGAGCAGAUCCGCAAGUCCCUGGAGGCCCAGCGGGAGCAGCAGCGCGUCCACCAGCGCCAGCUCCACCGCCGGCAGCUGGAGCUCCUUCAACGGUACAGCAAGAGGCUGCAGCAGCGGGUCCUGGCCGAGCAGCAGGAGCGCAGCUUUUACCGCGACCCUUUCGGCUUCAACGCCAUCGCCGAGUGGAUAGUCGGGCCUCGAGUGGUCAUUAUCAGCGGGCACGGGGGUGGCCACGGGGACGGGCACGUCUACCAGUACUACAACAGGGAGAAGCCGUUGCACUUUGGAGGACAGCCGACUCGGCUUCUUCAAGCAACGACUCGGCCCUUGGCUUCGACCACGGCGAGCACAGCCACGAAGAGCCGGCAGAGCAAAGUAAUUGGCCCGACGCACUUGUACGCGGUGCACGAGGCCGUGGACGAGGGCGCGAAUCCCUUCACCUGGCCCAACUGGUUCGGCGUUUUGAGCGUGCGCACGGCGACCUAUCCGCUCGAAGACAACAAUGGGACCCCGAGGGGCGGUGGCAAUUACGCCAAGGCCAGGAAGUACGAUCGGAUGAGGGAGGACGAGAUCGCCAACAACGAGAUCGACGCCGAGGGAGACGCCAAGGUUUUCUUUCCUCCCAACUAGAUGAGGGUGUGUUCCCCCCCCCCCUCCAGGAGACUCGACGAUUUUUCGUUACGUUUACUUGGGAUCAUGACAAUCCUACGCUUUGCGAACGGGAGUGAUAAUAAUGUUGUUGAUGUUAAUGAAAAACUUGUAAUAAAUUAUGCAUAAAUGCCUUUCUCGAUCGUAUCUCGCGAGUCUUUUAAUUACGAGUAAUUGAUACAUAGUCAUCUUUUAUUCAGAGGAUCAGCGUUUAAUAUUACAAUGUCGUGAUUUUCCGUGGCACGUGGUGUACUAUGAAAAGUUUUCUUGCCGGGGACGAAAAUUCUUAUUAAUUACGGAACUGCGCCCCGAGACGUGGGCUAUUAUUAUUCGGUGAGUUUUUAAUCAAUCGACGGUGAUUUUUUUUUUCGGUUGACUCGUCGACGGCCGAUUCAAACCUCAAUUACUUACGGCUCUGUUAUUCCUUCGUAGUUGACUAAGAAAAUUAUGUAAAAUUUCACGCACGAUCCUUUUUCUCGAUGAUUACCAUCACAGCGAUUUAUAAGGCGUAUACUUGAAUAAUGAGGCGAGAAGAAAAUGUACAUUAGUGUGUUAAAAAAAAAAAAAAAAGAAAGAAACGGUACAGGGACAUUAUUUUCAUUUGCUUGAUUUUAAAUUUAAUGCGUCUCGUUAUCGAGAGAUAACCAAUCCACUUAACUCUGCCCGUGAGGAUCGAACAAAGAAAAAUCGUCGAGUCCCAACUUUUCGCAAAGGGAGGGUAAAAAGGGAAAAAAAAUAAAACAAAAUAACGCAGACUGCCAUUAAAACUGCCCGUGCUUGUUUUUGCUCGCUCGAUGCAAAAAAAAGCUCCAAAAUGAAAUAAAAAAAAAGACUUGCGACCUUGGUCGACUUUACCGUAAAAAGAGAAUCGGAAACCUCGGCCUGGCAUCCGCCUACCACUUGCAAAAAAAAAAAAAAAAAAAAAAA